CAGCUGUUGUCUAUACAAACUACAGAGCUGAGCUCGGAUUCUGAAUAGGUUAUAGCUACUGACCCGUUGGUGGUGAUCGCCUAGUCCAUUCUCUUGCUUUGUCUCUGAGACACUCGUUUGGUAAAAUCAAGGACGUGCAUCUUCAACUCGCCAGAGUCACUCUUUCUUUUCUUCUUCGGUGGGACAGCACCUUUUCCAAAGAUGUACCGCCCAUCGACCGCUUUAGCUAUACUCACUUUCGUGACUGGCACCUUGGCCGAAGACGCGUCGGCCAACUACACAGAGCAGCUUCUGAGCUCAGGCACAAUCAAGCUCGGAGACUGGCAAGAUGCCUAUGACAAGGCAUCAGCGCUUGUAUCCUCGCUCACAACCGAGGAGAAGAUCUCCAUUGUUGCCGGUGGUGAUGGAGGCAACUGGACCGCAUUGCACAACCUUGACUCCGCUACCAACCCUCUCACCUACUUCUACGUCACGACAUGGCCCGCUGGUUUGGCGAUGGCUAUGACAUGGGAUACAGCAGCUGCAGAGGGACAGGGACAUGGCGUUGGCCAGGAGUUUAAGGGCAAGGGUAUCAAUAUGGCGUACGGACCUACACUGGAGCCUCUUGGACGCUCAGCUUGGGGCGGUCGUUCCGGUGAGACAUACGGCGUGGAUAGCUAUCAGGCCGGCAUUAUGGCUGGUGCAGUCGUGAAGGGAAUGUCGUCUGCUGGUGUAACGGCCAGUGCCAAGCACUUUAUCCUCAACGAGCAAGAGACCAAUCGUAUGAGCACUGGCUCUGGUGGCGGCGGAAUAGGAGGAGGCGGAUCUCCUCCUGGUGGAUCGACCAACUCGACUUUGACGGCUCGCCAGGCAUCAUCAACAAAUACUACAACGAAUGGCACGACUUCCUCCGACGGCUCUGGUUCUUACACCGUCACCAUCGGUGACAAGGCGUUCCAUGAGACCUACCUAUGGCCCUUCUACGACACCGUGUACAAUGGCAUGGGUGGCGCCAUGUGUGCCAUGAACAAGGUUAACGGAACAUACUCAUGUGAGAGCCAGGAUCUCCUCGCCAAGUACCUCAAGGUCGAGCUCGGGUUUCCUGGCAUAGUCUCUGCCGAUGUCAGCGCUCAGAAGACGGGCAUCAACGCCGCAAACGCAGGCAUGGAUCUCGCCUCGAGCAGUUACUGGUCAAAUGAGACGCUGGGCGUGGGACUCACCAACGGCAGCUUCACCUCUGAAAGACUCGACGACAUGGCGAUCCGUAACAUGAUGGGUUACUUCCACUUGGGGCAAGAUGACGGGUAUCCUAGCCUGGCAGGCGUAACGGGCCGUAUUGACAACCGCGGCAAUCAUAGCGCCAUGGCAAGACAAUUUGCUGCUGAGUCUAUCGCCUUGCUCAAGAACACCAACGGCGCGCUACCGCUGGUCAACAAGACGAGCAUCAGUAUCUUCGGAUCCCAUGCUGGCCCCCGAUACGUGGGUGCAAACACCGCUCUUGGCGUUUAUGAUGGCGAGCCUUCGACAAUGCAAGGCCACAUGGCUGUGGUGGGAGGAUCCGCCAUGGGUUCGCUGGCAUAUUUGUCCACGCCUCUUCAGCUAUUCAACGAGCGUGCCGCCAAGGAUGGCUUCAUGCUUCGAUGGUGGCUGAAUGACACCUCCGAGACGUCUUUCAGCGGCAUGCAGGGAUCCGGCACCGAGCUCACCGAGUCCACCACUGGUGUAGCCGAGGACUCGGAUGCUUGCAUUGUCUUCCUCAAUGCCUGGGGCGGUGAGGGUGCCGACCGCACGGAGUUGACCAAUGCUGACCAAGACACGCUCGUGAACACCGUUGCUGAUGUCUGUAACAACACUAUUGUGGUGAUCAACACUGUUGGUCCCCGCUUAGUUGAUGCCUGGGUUGAACACAAGAACGUCACCGGUGUGCUAUACGCUGGAGCGCUAGGUCAAGAAUCCGGGAACGCAAUUGAUGAUGUUCUCUUCGGUGUAGUCAACCCUUCUGGUAGACUCGUCCACACCAUUGCUAAAAACGAGAGCGACUACAACCCAGACACAAUCAUUAGUGAGACGGAGCUGGACCUGGAUUAUUCGGAUGGCAACUAUAUUGACUACAAGUAUUUUGACCAAUACAACAUCACGCCUCGGUACGAAUACGGAUACGGCUUGUCUUACACCACUUUCGAAUACUCUUCCGAUGUCAAGGCUGAAGCCUCCUCCAAUCUUACUAGUGGAUUCGCGACGGGAGACAAGGCAGUCGGUGGUCGUGAGGACCUCUGGAACAUUGUUGUAACUGUCUCUACAAGCAUCACAAACACUGGUUCUCUCCAAGGCGCCGAAGUAGCUCAGAUGUACAUCUCCUUCCCUGAAGCAGCCGGGGAACCAGUCAAGCAAUUGCGUGGGUUCCAGAAGGUUAUGAUCCAUCCUGGAGAGAAAGUUGACGUGUCUUUCCCUCUGAGGCGGAGAGAUCUGAGUGUUUGGGAUGUUGUCGGACAAGAGUGGAAGCUUGAAAGCGGAGAGUACACGAUUUACGUUGGCUCUAGCAGCAGGAACUUCAAAGCUCAGGCUACCUUGAGAGUUGAAUAAAUAGGUGG